AUGGAUUCAGAGCAAGAAAAUGUAGAAGAAGAUACAAAAUACGCGUUCCUCCUUGGUAGUGCCUUACGCAAUAUUGACGCUGAACAAGUUUUAUCUAUAUAUGAUCACUUAAUUCCCAAAACCAUUGACAAAAUUAGGCUGGACCAAAUAAAAGAGCAAGCAAGAAAGAUAUCUGAGCUACCAGAAGAUGAGUUCAGCCAACUAGUCAGUAACGCUCGCAAUUUCAGUCUGGCUCCAGGACGUGCCAGCAUGAGUCAGCACAGUGGGAGGAGCUUGAUGCCUCCUACAAAUGUCAAUCAGCACAAUGUCAAGAAAAAACUGGGCGGUGUAUAUGUGGGAAUAGACAAUGGGGAUGAAACAGAACCCUUAAUUCAUGGCAACUCGCAUUCUAAAGUGGUUCCAUCAUUUAAGGAUGAAGACUCUGGUUUAGCCUCUUGUCAAUUUUCUGAAAGUGUUGAGGAUGAUGGCAGCGACUAUGAGCAUGCUUGUUUUGAUUACAUGCCAUCUAGAAGCCAGAGCAAGAUACGGAUUACAGAGACAAAAAAUCCCAGAUAUGAUGAAGAGGUCAAGCUAGAUUCCAGUAGCGGAGGCUCUUGUAUAGAAUCUCCUCGCAGUGAAGCUUCUGUGACUAAUGAUGAAUACAAUCUGGAUGAGGGGACAGAGAUGCAGACUUACACAGAGUUGUCCAUUAGUAAAGCUAGCAAACAUCAGUUCUGGGAUUAUAUGCCAGAGCCCAACAAGCAGUCAAGUGAUGAAUCUGAUGACUCAGACAUCCCCAGCACAGCUCAGCCCCAUCCAGUGGAAGAAACCAUCAACUUUGGUCUGGUCAGUCAACAACAGGAGCGGCUCCCAAGUCUUGCCAUCAAGGAUGACAAGUCAAGAGCUAAACAUAAAGAUGAUGAAACACUGGAUGUCAAUGGCAACCCCCAGAGCAAGGACUUGUCCAACUACCACCAGCUGCGUCUGUUGAGCUCCAGCAAACCUGUCCUGACAACCAGUCAACAUGGAGCCUCUGCCACUGAAAGACGUAAACAUCGGAAAGAAAAAGCAGCCUGGCCAAAAGCAGAUGAAUAUCAAGAUUAUAAAGGCAAUAAACCCCUGGAAGAACUCUUGUUAUAUAUAACUGGGGAUGACUGUGCUAAGUCAAGCAAAGAAACAAUCAAAGCUACAAAAAAGAAAGGAGAGAAGAAAAAACUAAUGAAUGGUCAUUUUAAGGAGAGAAGGCCUGCAGAUGUGCUUGAGGAGUCAGCUCUAAUUUCAAGGAACUUGACACUGGGUAAUGUUGUAUUCAGACCACUAGAUGGACUUGUAGCUGACUCAAUGGAGGUUACUUGUAAAGACCAGUUGAAAGCUAAGCAUGAGGACAUGGUGCAGGCAACUGACAGCAGUGAGACUCACCAAGUUCAAACAAAUUUUGGACUUGGUGAUGGUUGUGGAAAGCUGGGCCUAAAUACACGGCUCCAUGCAUGUCCUGAACACAGCCAAGAAAAACACAUAUCCAAUAUGUCCAAUUCAGGUGAAAAAGUUCACCUAGAUAUUGGUCUGGAACUUAAAAGAGAGGAAUCAUUUACAGAAGUGAGAAAGAAAAAAACUCGGCGCCUUGGUUUAAAAGGAUUGAACUGUAGCAAUCAUUUUCCCUCCUACAGAGCAAACGCUGGGCCUCGCAACCAUACACACCCACGACCAAGUAUGUCACCGCCAACAAGCAGUACAGUGUCCAACACAGCCACCAACACUUUACAUAUCACCGGCCAGUCCAAUAGAGACCUGAGCCCAUCUUCUUUUCCAGUUUUGUCGGGUCCUCGGCUAGAAGCUCGACGCAACUCAUGUGGGGACAUUUCAACUGACUUAGCAGAUAAUAAAACCUUGUAUGACAGUGAUAGAGAGUCUGUCAAAUCUCUGCCAGUCACUCACAGAACACAGAGCUCACCUGUGUAUCCUAUUUCUUACGCCACCAUGGUGUCAGCACCACGCAAGUAUGAUAGUCCUAGCUCAGAGUCUGGCGUGGCCAGUGGUUCACACAACAGCAGCGUCACCAGCAGCGUCACCACCACACCGGGCGCCCAAGUUACCUGUCAGACAAACCUGGCAAGUACCCCUGAAAGAAAAGCCACUGUAUGGAAAGGUAGUCCUCGUGAGCGCAGGCAUUCUAUAGGCUCUAGUCCUGAAGAACAGACACAAGUUGAAAAAAACAGCAUCAUACAUCGGAAUCGCCAGAAAAGUGGAAGUCAAGAAAUUUUCUUGCGAGAUACUGAAUUGUCAAACCCCAGGCAGGAAGCUGGGAGCAAUACUACACUAGAGCUGCCUCCAGUCAGCAACUGCAACUUGUCUGCCACUGCUGGGGAUGGCUUAACUUCAGGCCGGCACACCUCUCACUGCAAUAACACAAGUAAUUUGCCAGCGGAAGCGGAUAUUUUUCUCAGUGCUUGUCUUUCUUCUGCGGGUCAGAAACUGACCACCUCUGGUCAAGAAGUGAUGGGUCAGAAACUGACCACCUCUGGUCAAGAAGUGAUGGGUCAGAAACUGGCCACCUCUGGUCAAGAAGUGAUGGGUCAGAAACUGACCACCUCUGGUCAAGAAGUGAUGGGUCAGAAACUGACCACCUCUGGUCAAGAAGUGAUGGGUCAGAAACUGACCACCUCUGGUCAAGAAGUGCUGGGUCAGAAACUGACCACCUCUGGUCAAGAAGUGAUGGGUCAGAAACUGACCACCUCUGGUCAAGAAGUGAUGGGACAGAAACUGACCACCUCUGACAAAAAACUUAAGUCUGUUAUUUUCUUGGAUAAAAGGUUUGGCACUUCCCCUCCAAACCUUGGAAUAACCUUUGGCUAUGAUUUGAGCAUUGAGCCAAAAAGUGAGUGUCCCCCACAGAUUUCUCAGGUGGCUUCCAAGCUUUUGACUUGUGCUGACUCAGUUUGUACACAGUUAGCAGGACACACAAAUGGUCUCAUUAUUCCCACUGGCCUUUCUACUCAAGAUUUUCUUCAAAAUAAUUCCUUGGAUAGUAAACAAUUUUGUUCAGCUAGAAUGGACUCUGUUGAAGGGAGUUCCAUUGAGAUGUCUGUGAAAGCAACUGAAGCAUCCACUAGGAUAUCUAAUCCACUAUCAUCCAUCACAAGGGUGUCUAAUCCACCGUCAUCCAUCAAUUGUAACUCCUUAGGCCAUGUCCAGCAAUCAUUGCGGACUGGUGUCACUAGUGUAACCAAUUCUGUGGCAGUGGUCUUCUCACCUAACCACCCACCACCCCCCCUCCCCCAGGGGUCUGGUUUGACACUAGCAGGUACCCAAGUGGUGGAGCAGGCCAGCACCCCACACUCCUUGACUGUUGUUUAUGGACUGAAAAUAGUUGCAAGUAAGGGUUGUGGGAAAUUAGCAUUUCUUCCCCCCAGCACCACUCAUGAUGGGAAGGCAAGUGAAAUCUGUCAAUUUCUACACAAAAGGUGGUCUGCGGUUGAUGUUAGGAAAAAAGAUUCUCCAUAUAUGACAUUGGAAGAAGUAGAGAAAUAACUUGAUGUCCAAGUUCAUUUUCUCAGUGCUUUUAUCAAAGACAUGUGCUGACUUAAGCGCUCCAGCAUUUCUGGUCUAGCCUUCAAAUACAAAUUGAUGUACUAUUUCAGAGAUUUGAUGUCAUUAAAAAAUGUUGAGAUUGCUGCAUUAGUAUUUGCAUAGAAUGAGAAACAUUGUGGUGAGGAGCAACUGGUGAUGACAUCACAAGCUGACCUGUCAUUGAUCAUAACAUUGCCAGGUCUGAUUCCCACUUUCAAGGGCUUUCGUAGCUAGAGAUGAUCUUAGGCUGCCUACUGGGGUGUGGGCAGAUGUGUGAAUGUCUUGUGCCUAGAGAUGAUGUUAGGCUGCCUACUGGGGUGUGGGCAGAUGUGUGAAUGUCUUGUGCCUAGAGAUGAUGUUAGGCUGCCUACUGGGGUGUGGGCAGAUGUGUGAAUGUCUUGUGCCUAGAGAUGAUGUUAGGCUGCCUACUGGGGUGUGAAUGUCUUGUGUGCUUGCUGCUUCACUAAACAUUGACUAAAUGCUGGUUUCUAAAAUCAAUGUCUGAAAAUUGGUUGCACUAUUUUUUUCUGUCUAAAUGUGUCAACUAGACAGUGGCUGUAUGUUUGAGGAGUGCUGCUUGUUUACAGUGGGUGGUUUAUCAAUUCUUAAAACGUUUUUCUUAACUCAGCUUCGCGUUUGUUUGUUUGGAUGUUUGUUGUUAAAAUUGACAUCGAAAAUUAGCCCACUUCUGAUUGCUCUAGAGACCUGAAAUUUGGCAUGCAUUCUACUUUCGCCUAACAAUUUCAGAUGCAAUCAUAAAAACUAGCAAUUAGUGACCGUAAUUAGCUUAAUUUAAUUACGCCCCAAGGACCAUAAAAUUGAGGACAUGAUUUCUAAAGAUACCGACAACACUUGAGGC